AUGCCUCCACAUAAAGAGAGUUCCCUCUUAACUUCUUUCUUUCUUGAUAACGAGCUCCAAGAUAGCUUAACAUUACUCCAGUUUACAAACUCAUUUCCAGCAGCUCACAGAGAUAACCCUCAAAUUAAACAACUUUAUAAAGAAUUCCAGGCGUCUCGCAGAGAGAUACGCAGCCUUGUUAAAAAGAAUAUAGAAGAAGAGUGUGAGAAAACAAGCUAUCCUAGAUCUAAUAAUGGAGGCGAAGGGGAACAAAUGGAUAUUGACGAUCACGAAUCUUCGUCCGCAGAGGAAGUGGAUUCAGAAGCACUGGAUGCCUUUGACGAUGAUGACGAGAAACAUCGUCGCCUCACGCUAGACCAAGCGAUUGAGACAUUAUCUAACGCAGACACCAUAUUAACGGCCGAUAUCAAUCGAAUGGAGCAAGAAUGCGGAGAAUGGCUAAAGACAUUUGAGGCGUUAAACGAGGAAAUGUCAGACUUGAUAUACGGCCGAAUAACAAAGGACGGUGUUAGCGAAUCGAAGGUUAUAGCGGAUCUCAGGGAGUUGAUCUAUUAUUGCGAGAGGGUAGCGCCUAAUUCAGAUAGGACAAAUUUUUGA